AUGUUCCACUUUUGGGGAUCGGAAGUUCUCCUCAUCGCCGAUGGUCUCAGCUACGGAUCACAUACUGCGACGUUCAGUGUGGCCAUAACUGGUUCGGGACAGAGCCUUGAUUUCUAUGGGGGUGUGGUGACUCUGAGUGCCGGCCCGGCAGGCACAACCAUCCAGCCAGAACAGUUCAUUGAUAAUACUAGUAAUCGAUGGGAAUAUCAGCCAUUCGUAUGGUUGGAAGCGUCAGCUCUAGGGGAUUACGGCGGCACUCAUUCUUAUGCUUGCAACUACCUCGAGCAGGUCACUGCGGCGAUCCAGUUCAGCGGUUCCUCCAUCAUCGAGAUCAUUGGAUCUCCGGCGUCUAAUUCAUUUGGCUACACGGUCCAGUUCAACAACGCUGAGACAGUCUAUAAUGCCACCAAUUUCUGGUGGGCGCAGCGACAGGUCAUGUUUUUCGCGGGUGGACUGGACCCAACGCAGACAUACAACUUGACACUACUGGACUUUGAUGUCAAUCAACCGACUGGGCCACCAGGCCUGAACACCAGCGGUUUUUGGUGUGUUAACUUGGACGCGGCUGUUAUAGUUCCAGUGUUGCUUCCAGCCAACGCAACAUCAACAUCGACGUCCAAUGGUGCCGGUCUCGGGACUACUGGUCCGUCCGGUUCCAACGGCCUAUCUAGUGGUGCUAUCGCUGGCAUCGCAAUCGGCAUCAUUUUUUCUACGGAAAACACCGGUCAUGCGGUUUACAGCAGUUCAAUCGAUGGUUCGGUGAAUGGUCCCAAUAUGGUUCAACCACCGGACCCGAUUCCUUUCGUUUCUCCCCCUUCAGACCCGCUAACAUCAGCAUUCGCUUCUGAUGCACCAAUAUCCGUUGUUAUCGGGGCGACGUCAUCAUCGAGCUUCAAGGCGGAGAUGUCAACACGAUCGCCAUACGAGAAGGCAGGUCACACUCAGAUUCGGCAACGGCGUGGAGGUGAAACUUCAGGAGGCAACGACACUCGACAUGCACAGGAAGUUUUGCAGAAUGCACCUACCGACGAUUUGAUAGCCAUCUUAAAUCAAAGGUUACGUGUCGACCAAGCCGACAACCUCGAGGAGCCUCCCCAGUAUGAAAAUUGA